UAUUUAUAGUCUCGUACAUAGUAAGAGAAUUGAAAUAAAAUAAUGUCUUCCACACCCAAUGAAGGCUUUACCCUCGAAGAACUAAAAAAAACAGACAUUGAUUACAUUAAGGCGAAGCAGCUGGUUGAGAAUUCAAAAAAUAAAAAACUAGUGGUAACCAGUAUUCAUCGUAUUAAUAAUCCAAAUGUAGAAAAAAGGUAUGAGAAAGCAUUAAAGAUGAAGAAGAUUGAGUAUCCACAAAUGAAGGAGGUGCUUCUUUUCCAUGGUACUAGUUGGGAUAAUGUCAAUUCCAUUUGCAAGCACAAUUUUCAAAUCGACUUAUGUAAAACCUAUGACUGGGGAAAAAUGAUAUACCUUACUGAAAGCAGUAAAUUGGCUUCAGAUUUUCCUGCGGAACAGAUCCUAAAUAUUGAUCGAUGCAUGUUUGGAUGUCAAGUUCAGAUUGGAAAUGAACUUGAUACAGAUACAAUACAAGCAGUGAGUAGAAGACAAGACAGCCAUCCUGGAUAUGAUACCAAAUACAAACAAUUAGUUGGUAAUAACGGAUAUGUGUAUUUUCACCAUGGCAUUGUAGCUAAAUGGGAAACUGAUGAAAUAUUGCCAAAAUUCUUGAUUAAAUAUAUGGUCACCACUAAGUAAACAAGAGACCAUGGGCGCCCGCAAGGGGGGGCCAGGGGGGGCAAUGGCCCCCCAUUGAGAUUUUGAUUGUCUCAUUUUUCAGCACAAUACCCUCAAUAUAACUUUCUCAAUCCAAAAGGCAAGGAAAAAGGAAAAUAAUGGAUUCACAAAAAUUUUCCGGUUUUCAAUGACAAUCAUGGACGCCUAAUCGUUUUUCAAUAAUUUUCAUUUUGCCCCCCCUGAGAAAAAUUUCUGCGGGCGCCCAUGCAAGAGACUAAUCAAAAUUAAUUUUGAUUGCUAGAAAAAACUAUUCAUUUCAUUUUAUGUAUUUUUUCCUUACACCUUACAUUUUUUUCGAAAUAAAUAAAUGUCUUACCCAAAAACUAUGUAACAAACAUGUAACAAUCAAAAUGAAAUAAAUAUGUCAACAAUAGUUUAUUGCA